AUGCCUCUUUUCAAUGACACUGAAUUCCACCCUCUUUACUUCUUGCUACUGGGGAUCCCAGGCCUGGAACAUUUCCACAUCUGGAUUGGAUUCCCUUUCUGUUUUGCUUAUCUAGUUGCAAUCAUGGGCAAUGUCACUAUUCUUUUAGUGAUCAAGAGUGAACAUAGCCUUCACCAGCCCAUGUUUUAUUUCCUGGCUAUAUUGGCCACUAUUGACUUGGGUUUAUCUACAGCCACCAUCCCUAAGAUGUUAGGCAUAUUCUGGUUCAAUCUAAGAGAGAUCAUCUUUGCAAGUUGUCUCACACAGAUGUUUUGUAUCCAUAUGUUCACAGCCAUGGAGACCAUCGUGCUUGUGGCCAUGGCCUUUGAUCGCUAUGUGGCCAUCUACUACCCACUUCAGUACAGUAUGAUACUCACAAAUAAGAUUAUUGGCAUUAUAGCAGCAUUAGCUAUUUUGAGGAGUUUGUUAAUGGUGGUUCCACUUGUGUUUCUUCUUCUGCGGCUGCCUUUCUGUGGGCACCACAUCAUACCUCAUACCUACUGCGAGCACAUGGGCAUUGCUCGGUUGGCCUGUGCAAGCAUCAGAAUCAACAGCAUAUAUGGGUUGGUGGAUAUCUCUAUCCUAUUUUUGGAUGUGAUCCUGAUUGCCAUAUCUUAUACCUUGAUCCUCUGGGCUGUCUUCAGACUCCCUUCCUGGGAUGCCCGAUUCAAAGCCCUCAAUACUUGUGGCUCUCAUAUCUGUGUAAUCUUAGCUUUCUAUUCCCCAGCACUUUUUUCCUUCCUCACCCAUCGCUUCGGCAAGAAUGUUCCUCAAUACAUCCAUAUACUCUUGGCCAAUAUGUAUGUGGUCAUACCCCCUAGCCUCAACCCUAUAAUCUAUGGGGUCAGAACCAAGCAGAUUCGCGAGCGAGUAUUUAGAAUUUUCAGGAAAGAUUCAUAG